GUUCAACUGUAUGUUAAAUUGGCUGUGUGAUGUUUGGUGGAAAUGUAAUGCCUGGGCUCAUUGAUGGAUGAUUACCUUGUUAAAUAAUUAAAACAGGGUAUCGGAUGCCUGGUAUUCCAAUUCACCAGCAGGAUUUUAGGCUGCUCACUAAGUUUUAUUGCUCCACAAUCAAUGUUGUGUAUGCUGAAAUCCCAGAUGGAAAUUUUGUCAUCUUGGGCUAUACAUUUGCAUUGAAAUCUUUCGACCAUAUUAGACACAAAGUUGACUUAACAGUGCAAAUUGUAUUUUGUGGAUAUUUUCUGAGAUUAGAAGGAAGACAAGGACAUUGUUUUUUCGAAUAUAUUUUGAUGAAAGGUGACAUAACAGUGCAUUGUCUUUUUGUAGAAAUUUCGAAAUAUAAGGGUCAGCCCAACAAGUGUGAAGCUGACAUUGGAAACUGAAACCGUUUGGCUUUGAAAGUUUUCUUAUAUUUGAAGAUGUGCUAAAAAGUGAUGUACUUGGGAAUUGUAACAUUUACUCUGGUGAUACAAAACGGCUUUUCCAAACGAUUGCGGCUCAUAUGGUGUAACCGGUGGUCCUUCUAUUGGCAAUUUGUGUAUCCAAAGACAAAUACAGAAAGAGUAAAAAGCCAAAAGGGUUUCCAUGGUGAUGGGGAGACACUUUACUGAUGAUCAUUAGUGGACAACAGCAGCAACAACAUCAUGGAUGAGAUGAGAAAUCUUGUGUUCAAAUCUGCAGAAACGAGCAGCUCAUGUAGUGGUGGUCAGGUGGGAGGCAUGGAGUCCCGCCUGGAGAAGUUCCAGAUCAUCUUCAACAAUCCCACUGCCACCUACCGUGUGGGAGACACUGUUUACGGCUACGGCUGGGUUAUACUGAAGGAGCCCAUAUUUAUACAGAGUGUGUGCCUGGAGGCUGUGGGAGAGGCCAAGGUCGAGUGGAUGACCUCCAGUGACAUCCAGGCAUCCGACGAGGAGGUCUUCAACUACACCACAGUGCUUCCUGUCAAAAGUGAAAAAGACAAUCCAGAAGACCUCCUACACGCUGGUUCUCACUAUUUCCCGUUCGAGUUCACACUUCCGUCAAAGCUACCGUCAUCUUUCAAGGGUCGUCAUGGACGACUGCGCUACUUUGCCCGCCUGACUAUAACCACGCCAGGGGGUCCCCACCACGAGCGCACCAGCAAGUUUGCCGUCAUAUCAAACCUUGACUUGAACAAGGAACCGGACGCCUCGUUACCAGUUGAGAACGACACAUUUGAGGCCAUAGGCUCCUGGUGCUGCAUAUCGGGAACUGUCACGGCUUCCAUCAAACUCGAGAAGAAAGGCUACGCCAUCAAAGAAGCCAUCCCUGUGUGGGCGGAAAUUAAAAAUCUCAGCACGCGAAGAAUAUGCUCCACUCAAGUCUCAUUGAUUCAGAAUGUUACAUAUUACUCGUUUCGGGGCCGCUUUUCGGAGUCAUCGACGUUGGUGACGAUCCACAAGGGUGGGGUGGCCCCCAGGGGUAAGCAGACCUGGCAGAGGGAGCUACUCAGCAUCCCAACCGUGGCCCCCUCUCAUUUGCGGGGCUGCAAGAUCAUUGACAUACAGUACUACCUGGAGUUAAGCAUAAAACCAGCCGGAAUAGCGCGAAAAGUUAAACUUCCACUAGACAUUGUUAUUGGAACGGUACCAGUGAACAAGCUACAAUCGCCCCGCACAUCUUACCAUCCUCUUCCCUCAACAGUCAGCGACAGUGCGUGUCCUUUCCCGUUCUUCGAGAACGUUUCUGAUCAAGUGCUCCUUACUGACAAGCUCGGCCUGCGCAAUAUGAUUCCUACUGCUCCUCCUUGGGAAGAAGACGAUGAUAUCCCCUGAGAGAUUUCAUGGAUCCUUCCAGUCUAGCGAUUCUUUG